AUGGUGGUUGAUUACUCCAAAUGGGAUAAGAUUGAAUUGUCCGAUGAUUCGGAUGUUGAGGUCCACCCAAACGUCGAUAAGCGGUCCUUCAUCAAGUGGAAACAGCAAAGUAUCCACGAAGAAAGGGAGAAAAGAAACGCGGAUAUCAAGAAUUUAGAGGUCCAAUUGACGAUGUACACCCAUUUGAAUAAAAGGGUGGAUAAAUUGUUGUCCAGUGACGGGUUGCCCGUGGCAAAAUUUGCGGAUCUGGGGGAGGUGACAAAGUACUUGAAUGCCAAUUUCGACAAGACAGAGAAAUGUACUGGGGAUAAUGUUGAUCCCAACAUCGGUACCUAUAAUGAAAUGGUGGAGGAUCUCUUUGAGCAAUUGAAGAGGGAUGCGGUCUCGGAUAAGGAAGACCCUAAUGACGGUGAAGUGAUCAAGCAGCAUCUCUUGAAACAUAGAGAGAAGAUCGAAUCGGUGUCCAAGGAGGCGCACGUCAAGUUAGAUCAGCUAUAUAAGGAGAAGAAUGCUCACAUAUCUUCAGAUGAUAUCCAUACCGGAUUUGAUAGUGGGUUUAUCAAUAUUAAGAAAGAAGAGGAGGAGUCCCGCGUGGUCAACAAAGCAUUGGAGAAACUAGAAGUGGUCAACGAGGAUACUACCACUGCUGAGCUGACCACCAUUGCGGAAAAUACACCCAUGUCUUUUAUUGAUUUUGGGGACGAUGUUACUAGGUUGGCCGCCGAGACUGAGAAGUUUGGGUUGAUCCCCUUCAAAGAUUACAGAGAAUCGCAAAGAUACCUUCUGGGCCACAUGCAGAUCUUGUCCGAGCAGCAGAAGGAUGCAUUAAUGAUGAAGGCCUUCGAAUUCGAGAUGGAGAAAGACGGGUCGCCAAUGACCUAUCAAGUGAUACAUCAGUCUGAACUUCUUGGCUAUGUGAGGGAAGUGUACGACUUGAAGAAAAUCCCAUUUUUGAAUCUAAAGCAAAUGGAGGAGGUCAUCAACGUGUUUUUUUCAAAGGUUAUCUUUAACCCGAACAACGUCCGCGGUAGAGAAUCGUUCUUAGAGUCUGUACGGGCCAAAUAUGAGCACGUCAAGCAGAGGGUAAAAGUGCUUCAAAAGGAAAGUAGCCAGGAAGGAGAAGGUGUGGAGACAAUACAAUUGAAGUCGUUGGAUGACUCCACGGAGCUGGAGGUUACUUUACCCGAUUUCACAUCGAAGGACCCCGUCGAGGUUGGAAGAUGCGAGGCGUUUAAUAAGCUACCAAAGGAUAUGCAGGAGGCUGUGAAAACCAAGGACUUGGACACGGUUAAUAAAGUGUUUGAAAGCAUCCCUAUAAAGGAGGCUGAAGAUAUUCUGGAGCUAUUUGACGAAGCGGGUGUUAUUGGUGUCAAGGCACUUUUGGAAAACGAGGAGGAUUUCAACCAAAUUAAGCAACAGUACCAGGGUGAUGUUAAGGAGCCAGAGGGGUUGGAAGCGGAAGAAACCGGUGAUGUUGUUACUACUGAUGUAGUUGAUUAA